ACAAAUUAGAUACUGUAACUAGUCGAAAUUGGGAGGAAUAUCGUAGCACCUUACCUAAAUCCCCAUCAUUGUCUCAAUUUUGUAACUACAUUAGUAAUAAAGCCGAUUUACUGGAGACUAUUGAAGAAAAACUUAAUCAAACUAACUUAGAAUCAAAACCUAAAUGCUUUAUAGUUGCAACUAAUAAUUAUAACAGCGACAAUCUAAAUCAAAAUUCACAAAUUAAUUCACAAAAUCAAAUAGAAAAAAUAAAAUGUCCUUUAUGUGCUAAAAAUCAUCUUUUAUAUACAUGUGAAAAUUUUCGUAACUUCCCUAUUGAUACACGAAUUACUAAAGUAAAAGAAUUCAUUCUUUGUUUUAAUUGUUUACGUCCGGGUCACUUAACUAAUCGAUGUAGAUUGUCGCAUUGCAAAUACUGUAAAGGCAAACAUAAUACGCUUUUGCAUGUUGACAAGCCUAAACCUACUUCUUACCAAGAUCCUAUGCCUAGUAGUGUUGCCUUACCAACUAGCAUUUCUGGAGGUGCCACUUUACCUACUUGUACGCCAGAUAAUGUAGUCCUAUCUAGUGACACUACUACCAUACAUCAUGCUACAUCUUCGCAUAUUUUGCUGUCCACAGCGUUGGUGAAAGUGGUCAGCGAGGGCAAGAGGUUCGACGCAAGGAUACUGCUGGAUAACGGUAGCACAGCUAACUUUAUUACCAGUUCCUUUUGCGACAGACUGCGAUUACCUAGACGUAGUGCGAGCUCCACGGUGACAGGUAUAAACAGUCAGAGUUCUAUUAGUACACAGUCCUGUAAUUUGGUUAUGGAAUCGUUUGAUGGCAACUAUAAGGCAGAGAUCAAUUGUUUUAUACUACCCGAGAUCACAAAAACUUUGCCGUCUUCACUUAUUGAUAUAGCUAAAAUUCCAAUACCAUCAAGCAUAAUACUAGCUGACCCGUGCUUUCACAUUCCGUCAGCCAUAGAUAUUUUAGUCGGCGCGGAAAUAUUUUGGAGCGUCCUAGGUAACGCAUGCAUUAAUUUAGGAAAAAAUCAGCCCAAAUUAUGUGAUACAAAACUAGGGUGGAUAGUGUCAGGCCCCGCUGUGGCUCUUAAUUCACAUCCAUCAUCCCCAAAGCAGUCACAUUCAUGUAAUUUUUCCUCCAGUGAACUGAAUGCUAAUGUAUGUAAGUUCUGGGAACUUGACUCAAUUUCGCCUAAGCAUUACUUGUCGCAGGAAGAGCGAGCUUGUGAAAAUAGCUUUCAUGCCAACACAACUCGGGAUGGCAGUGGACGGUUUGUUGUUACUUUGCCUUUGAAGGACAGUCCAGCUGCUCUUGGCGACUCGUACGAGAUGGCCAAACGACGUUUUUUAUCAUUGGAACGUCGAUUCCAGCGUGACCCAGGAUUUAGAGACAGGUAUAUCGCCUUCAUGCGGGAAUAUGAGGAUUUGGGUCACAUGACUGAAAAUUGCCCGCCAGGUAGACCACUUUCCAAUGGUAAUUAUUUUUUGCCUCAUCAUGGGGUCAUCAAAGAGUCUAGUACAACAACAAAACUCCGAGUAGUCUUCGAUGCCUCAGCUGCAACCACAUCAGGUGUAUCGUUGAACGACAUCCUAAUGGUAGGUCCAACUGUCCAGGACGAUCUUCUUUCCAUCUUACUUCGCUUCCGUCAGCACAAAUAUGUCAUCUCUGGAGACAUCGAGAAGAUGUACAGAGCCAUUGACGUCACGAAUUCACAACGUUCCUUGCAACAAAUAAUAUUUCGUGCUGACCCCAAACAUCCCUUGAAAACGUACAGUCUCAAUACUGUUACGUAUGGCACAGCAUCCGCUCCUUACCUAGCCACAAAGUGCCUAGUUAGUCUAGCAGCCACUGCCACCAGCGAAGCAGUCAAGUCAUCCAUCGAACGCGACUUCUACGUCGAUGACUACUUAAGUGGAGGAAAUUCUAUUGCUGGUGUGGUGGAACUAGGUAAGGACGUAAUAUCCAUUCUUGCGUCAGCUAAUUUUCAUUUGAGAAAAUGGCAGUCCAAUAGCCCAGAAGUUCUAGCACAAAUCACAAAUUCAUCUGAAGUUUCAAAUACUCUGAAUCUAUCUGAAAACAAAAACGUGUCUUCAAAAACUUUAGGUCUACACUGGUUAUGUGAUUCCGAUUCCUUAUCUUUCUCUAUUAAUAUUGACAUCAACAAACCUAUUACUAAACGCAACAUUUUAUCUGUCAUUAGCCAAAUUUUUGAUCCCCUCGGUUUAGUUGGUCCAUGUGUUGUAGGGGCUAAAAUCCUCAUGCAAAAGUUAUGGGUUGCAAGGUGUGAUUGGGACGAUAAUGUGUCACAAGAGAUGGGUGAUUUGUGGCUUUCGUUUAUUGACACUUUAACAAAUCUUAACACAUUAAUAAUUCCGCGUUGGAUAUCAUGCGAUGAGUCGAUAAAACAUGAAAUUCAUGUCUUUACAGACGCAUCUGAAAGAGCCUACGGUGCAUGCAUUUAUGUCCGUUCGGUAGAUGGUCAGGGAUCAGCUAGAGUUCAACUACUAGUCUCCAAGAAUCGUGUGGCACCAAUCAAGCCUACGACUAUACCACGUCUAGAGCUAUGUGGAGCUCUGUUAGGUACGAGACUGUGUACUAAAGUAAUGAGUUCACUCACCAUGCCAAUUCAUGAGUGCUAUUAUUGGUGCGAUUCGACAAUAGUGCUCUGUUGGAUAGCUAUGUCACCUAAUAUGCUUAAACCAUUUGUACGUCAUCGUGUUGAUGAAAUACAAGAAAGCACCACCGGACACACGUGGAGCUACGUACCGUCUAAGGACAAUCCGGCGGAUCUUGUUUCUCGCGGGCUGAAGGCUGAUCUUAUCAGCGAGUGUUCCUUGUGGUGGUCAGGACCUCAAUUCUUAACAAAACACCAAACGCAUUGGCCCAAGAUGCCCAAUGUGCAAGUGAAACAGGAUCUACCUGAAAUAGUCUCAAAUCAGGUCAUCGAUGAAUCAGAUUCGAAUAGUCAUUUAAUUUCAUUACAUCAAUCGCAUAAUAAUUCAGUCAUAACAAGAUUAAUUCAUAAAUAUUCUAAUUUAAAUAAAUUGCAAAGAAUUAUGGCCUAUGUACGAAGAUUUAUUUACAACUUAAAAAAUAAAGAAAAUAAAAUCACUGAUUCUCUUACUAUUGGUGAGAUGAAUGAUUCAUUGAAGAUUUUGAUACAUACCGCUCAAAUGGAAAUGUUUCCCCAAGAAUAUACAAUGUUAAAAUCAGGAAAAUCACUCCCUCGAAAGAAUCGACUUGUUUCCCUUAGCCCAUUUAUAGGUGAUGAUGACGUCAUUCGUGUAGGCGGGAGGCUAGAUAAUUCUCCAUAUGACUACAAUGUUAAGCAUCCUACAUUAUUAUGUAGCAGACAUCACUUAACUAAACUUAUAUUUGUUAAAUUUCAUUUAGAUCUAUUGCAUGCUGGCCCUCAAUCAUUGCUAGCAAACAUUCGACAAUCAUAUUGGCCUCUAGGUGGCAGAAACCUUUCCAAAUUAAUUGUACGUCAAUGUAUUAAAUGUUUCAGAUACAAAGCCUCAAACACGCAACCAACUAUGGGUCAAUUACCUACUGCUAGAACCGAAUUAGAGUUCCCCUUUUUAAACUGUAGUGUCGAUUAUGCUGGGCCUGUGUUUAUAGCUGACCGAAAAGGACGAGGGUGUAAGCUUAUAAAAUCUUAUCUGUGUAUCUUUGUCUGUCUUGCAGUUAAAGCCGUGCACAUCGAGCUCGUUACCGACUUGACGAAAGAGGCGUACUUAGCGGCUCUGAACCGUUUCGUGGCUCGUCGGGGCAAGCCCCGGAGCAUCCUGUCCGACAACGGCACCAAUUUUGUCGGUGCAAGUAACGACCUUCACAACUUCCUUUUAGAAUCAGAUCUCGCAUAUGAUGUAAACCAGCAGGGCAUCGAAUUUACUUUUUCCCCUCCAUAUACUCCACAUUUUAACGGCAUCGCAGAAGCGGCCGUUCGUUCAACAAAGCAUCAUUUAAAACGAUUGCUACAACUUACGCAUUUCACAUUUGAGGAAAUGGCCACUUGUUUGACUCAGAUAGAGGCAGUACUAAAUUCACGUCCUCUCACCCCAAUUUCCUCUGAUCCAUUAGACUUCUCUGCCCUUACUCCUUCUCAUUUUCUAAUUGGACGACCACUUAUGUCUGUUCCCCAUCCACAGGUGACUGACACCAACGUGACUCGACUGGAGCGCUAUCAACGAGUACAACAUGUCAAACAACACUUCUGGAACAGAUUUUAUCUGGAGUAUGUUUCUCUGCUACAGCUGAAAACAAAGUGGACGACUUCGACAGGGCAGCCACUAGCAGUGGGGACAUUGGUGCUUGUCAAAGAGAAGGGACAACCGCCACUUCUAUGGCCACUAGGUCGUAUCACGCAAGUCUUCCCGGGCAGCGACGGAACCACACGUGUCGCCGAAUUAAAGACUAAGAGGGGGACAAUCCUGCGGGCUUUCAACAAUCUUUGCCCACUUCCUCUUGCCUGAAGAGGUCAACCCGGGGAGGAU